AUGUAGAUUCGUCAUUGGGCUGCAAAUUGCGGAUGGCGAGCCGUCCGCGAUCUUCCCGGACGCGAUAGCGCACCCCGCUGCAGCCCUUUUUACGGGAAAUGCGUACUGCAGGGCGGGGCUGCGGACGGGGUAGCGUCCCCGCUGCGGACAGCCUCAUCACCAGCUCCUCCAUCUCGGUCCUUCCCUCCUCUCUCCUCUCCUUCCCUCUCCUCUCUCUCUCCUUCCCUCCUCCUGCUCUCCCUCUCCAAACUCCAUCUACGUCGGCGUAGGGUGCGGGGGCUGGAGUUGGAGGAAUCAUUUGUGAAGAUUCUGUGGCGACUUCUCCAGAUCGGCAAUUUGGAGCAAAGCCCCCAAAUAGUUUGUUGCAGAAAGGAGCCGCUUUUCCGCUGGUCCAGCCUCUCUAUGAGCCUCUGCUCGUCGUUCUUGGCCUCGGAUCAUAUAUCCAUCUAGGAAAAAGAGGCCACCUUUGCAUUUAUUCCUUUGCCCCUUCGGAGAUCGCCCUCGUCAAGAUUUGGUGGGAACCCAAUUCACUGCGAUUCCCUUGUGGAAAAGCGCCGCUUUGGUUCCUGUUUCCCCACAGCUCCCAACUCUAUAUUUCUCAAUCUCUUGUUCACCUACUUGCCUAACUUUCUUUUACUUCAAUCCACCAGUUUGUGGCUUCCACGCCUCGGCAUUCGAUAGAAAUAUAUUGAUUUGACGCAAACCAGAUCAAUCUGUGGCCCUUGUUUCCGGAGGGUUGUUGUGCCUGUUCCUGUUCUUGGUCAGAGGCAUGGCGGCGGCGAACGGAGCUGCCUGCGCGGCGCUGUUCAGCGAGGAGGAGCUGCGGGAGGUGAGCGGGGUGCGCCGGGGGGAGGACUUCGUGGAGAUGACGUGCGGAUGCACCAGCCACCGCUACGGCGACGCCGUCGGCCGCCUCCGCGUCUUCGCCUCCGGCGACCUGGAGGUCAGCUGCGAGUGCACCCCCGGCUGCCGCGAAGAUAAGCUGACACCUGCUGCCUUUGAGAAGCACUCUGGAAAGGAGACAGCUGGAAAGUGGAGGAACACUAUCUGGGUCAUGGUUCAGGGAGAAAAAGUGCCACUGUCAAAGACAGCUCUGCUCAAAUACUACUACUCGUCACACAAAUCCGGCAAUGGUUCUCACAAAGGUCGUAAUGGACGUCCAUCUCACCGCGAUGAGUUCAUCCGCUGCACAAGAUGUGGCAAGGAUAGAAGAUUUCGGCUCCGUUCAAAAGAAGAGUGCCGGGUUUACCAUGAUGCUCUUGCCAAAAUUAACUGGACAUGUGCACAUUUGACAACUGAUAGGGUCACCUGCGACGACGAGGAGGAGCGAGCUAGCCGCAAGGUCCUGCGUGGCUGCUCCCGCGCCACGUCCUGCGCCGGCUGCAUGAAGUGCGUCUGCUUCGGGUGUGAGACCUGCCGCUUCAAGGACUGCGACUGCCAGACCUGCGUCGACUUCUACCGCAACUCAAAGGAAUAACAAGCGAGGACCUAACACCAUUCGUUCCAUUGGCCAAGACACCACAAAAUGGCCUCGGCCAGGGUAAAGUAAACCUGAGGCUUAGCUGGUUGAUGCCCUCAACAACCAAACAUCUUGGGACAGGGCAGGCCGUUAUUCUGAACAAUUCCGUUCUCUCAUUUUCCAUGGCUGGCAUUCUGGAGUAGCGAAGGGUGCCAGCCAAUUUUGCUUCAUAGUACAAUUUACCAACAGUUCUCCGCUUUCCUCGCAUCGUUUUAAGAUCC